CAACUUCAUCUAAAACUUUAAAACUGUUGGGUAUUGGUACAUGUGUUAACCUCAAAUAAAUUAUAUUUUUUUUCAUACAAUUGUAAAUUGAAUUUUAAACAAUUUAACAUCAAUUUGGUCGUAUCAAUAAACCUGCGAAAUGGCUAAUACAAACGUUGAUACUUUGAUUGCCGCUUUCGAUAAAGCGGAUAUAGUGAACGGUGUUAGUUUCGCAGGCAAAGGACUUAAAUUGAACAACGCCGAUGAUGCCAAAGACAUAAUUGAAGCCAUCAAAUCUAGGAAGGUUCUGGAAUUUUUAAAUUUAGAAGGCAACACUCUUGGUAUUGAAGCAGCUGAAGCCAUAUCCAAAGCACUUGAAACACAUAGUGAAUUCAAGAGGGCUUUAUGGAAGGAUCUAUUUACAGGACGCAUGAAAGAUGAAAUACCUAUAUGUCUAGAGCAUCUGGGUAAUGGGUUGGUAGCAUCUUCAGCUCGAUUGACUGAACUUGAUUUGAGUGAUAAUGCAUUUGGGCCAAUUGGUGUAAAAGGUUUGGCCAGUCUGCUGAGGAGCUCAUGCUGCUUUGCUUUGCAAGAACUUCGGUUGAACAAUAAUGGAUUAGGUAUUACUGGAGGAAAAUUGUUGGCAAAUGCUUUGUUGGAUUGCCAUAAGUUCAGUGCAGAAAGUGGAAAACCUUUGCAAUUGAAAGUCUUUAUUGCUGGAAGAAAUCGAUUGGAAAAUGAAGGAGCACAAUCUUUAGCUUCUGUGUUUAAGACAAUCGGUACAUUAGAAGAAAUACAAAUGCCGCAAAACGGUAUUUACCAUGUUGGAAUAACGGCUCUAUCUGAGGCAUUUAAAGUGAACAAAAACUUGAAAAUAUUAAAUUUAAAUGAUAACACGAUAGGUCCGGUGGGCGCUAAAGCUCUGGCAAAGGCUCUGCCGAAUUUGGAAUCAUUGAAGACUAUUAAUUUUGGCGAUUGUCUUUUGAAAACGAAAGGCGCCAUAGCGCUGGCCGAAUGCCUGAGCAAUUGCGAUAAAUUGGAAGAGCUGAUAUUGAGUUUCAAUGAAAUUAAAACGGACGGAGCUGUAGAAGUACUAUACGCAUUGAAAGAGAAGGACAAUUUGAAGAAGAUCAGUUUGAAUGGAAAUAAAUUUGGUUGCGAGGGUACGGAGCGAAUUCAGGAAAUGGUAUCGGCCAUGAAUGUGGAAGAUAUGUUGGAUGAGUUCGAUGACGAUGAAGGCGAUGAUGAUGAUGAAGAACAAUCGGACGAGGAUGAUGAUGAAGAAGAAGAAGAGGAGGAUUCCGAGGAUACAAUUGCCGUUUCCUUUAAAACUUACGGUCAAUUCGUUCAAGAUCCGACGCCGGAAAACUUCCUCGGUUUAGGCGACAACAGGGAAACCGUUAUAUUGAACGCAGUGAAGGAGUCAACUGGUGAUUACGUAGAUAACUGCAUCAAAGGUAUAUUCAGUGCAGCAUCUGUGUAUGCUAAAAGCAAAGAUUCUGUACAAGCUGUAGCAUUGAAGUGCUGUGAGUCAUUGUUCAUUGAAAUGUUUGCAUGGUGCAGUAAAAACGAUAAACUCUCAUUCCUGAACAAUUUAAUUCUUAUCAAUCUUGGCUUAAUUAAAGGUGAAGAUAAGAAGUUUACAGUACCUUGGAAUAUUGAAAGUUGUUUAUGUGCAUUGGAAAUGUUAGUGAAAAGGAACUAUUUUCCUGCAACAACCAAGGAUGCACUGAAAGUGUUUUUAAAGAAGGAUAUAGAUAACAAAAAGGAUUACACAAAGGCCAAGCAAAAAUUAUUAUUAAUGCUCAAUUGAUUCCAAUAAAGUAAUAAAUAUUUGA